AAAUGUACCUCGCCUUCCGCUUGUCUAGCUAGCUUGUCUGCGUUUUAUUUAGCUAGCUAUCAAGUUGCGACAUUUCACUUCACGCCGCUUCAUUGCUUUGUUUCCCGCAUACUUUAUUUUGAUAAUUCCACGAGACGCAUAAUUUCGAAAGGUCGUAGAUGUUAUAGUGAUUAAAAAAUGUUUUUCGCCUAAACUAUGGCGCAUUUAGAAUUGUUAAAAUAAGCCAAUUUGCUUAUUAUGCCAUCAGUUACAAUUAAUUUCGCAUGAGUAGUAAAUAAGAAGACAGUGUUGAAGAUCGGAUUAGGCUAUUGAUCAGUCUACCAAGCUGGUGCACACAGUUGAAAGGCAGGUUUUUACGAUAAGGGCGGACACAUGAAGAGGUCCCUGACUGGGAAGAUGACAACGGCGACGUGGGAAGGAUAAAGGGACAAGACAUCCCGGGAAAGAAGGACAGCGGAGUGGGAGGGAUGCGAAACAAACUAAAAUAAGAGGAGGACGUGGAAUUCCAAAGUGCCUGAGAAGAUUGAGUGGGCGUCUGGCGGCCCGGUCCGGUGUUGUCUGUGUCGUGGGUGUGUCUGGCUGACUGUCUGCGCAGGACAGGUCCCCGGCCAUACUAGGUGAGACGAGAGCAGGGCACAGCGCUUUGUGUGUUGGUGUGUGUGUUUGGCCUUGAGUGAAGCUAUAUUUCACCCUGACAGCCAGCGACUCAUCCGUCCCACUGCUGAUCUGCAAUCCGCCCACCACUCCCCAGCCGCCACCUCGGCUCAUCAAUACAACGACUGGUCGAUAGGCUCCUGCUUUUUCCCUUUUCGUAUUUCCAAACAGUUCGACCAGACGUUCUUACUGCUACAGACGCUGUUUCACGGUUCUGGAUAUCUGGGGUGAUUCGGAGGUCUCGGUUAGAGAGGAAGCAGGUCAUGAGAAAGGAGUGAUCACAGCGAGCAAGACUGCGACUGACAGGCUGACGGACAUACAAAGCGGAAUCUGUCAUUGGAGUACCUCUCUCUCUAGGACAGUGCCUGUCUGAACUACGUAUCCCAGCAUGCCAGAAAGAGGUGCCCCAAUUUCCUCCCUUUCUAUGAGACAGAGCUGGCCUCUGCUUACCGUCUAGCUCUGAGAAGUAAUUUGCUCACCAGAGAAUUUGUUACCUGCUUUUACCUGACAGAGACCCGCUACUCAAGAUCACAUAAUCAUAGACUCAGUCAUUCUAAAGGACAAGUCUUUAUUGAAUUUAUUUUUUUUUAAACUCUCACUUCCUGUAAUCUUACCAAGGAUUUUCCAAAACAUUUUCAUCUGCAUCAGUUUUCUGUGUGGCUCUUGUGCACCAAGUCCACCCUGCACCCCCUUGCCCUUUCCUGUCCUGAAAGCUGUGAUGGCGGUCAGUAUGGGAAGCAUGGCGAUGGGUCGGGAUACUAAGUGGCUGACCCUGGAGGUGUGUCGAGAGUUCCAGCGGGGUACGUGCUCCCGCUCCGAUGCUGAGUGCAAGUUUGCUCACCCCGCUAGGAGCUGCCACGUGGAGAACGGCAGAGUCAUCGCCUGCUUCGACUCACUCAAGGGACGCUGCACACGUGACAACUGUAAGUACCUGCACCCCCCUCCCCACCUCAAGACCCAGCUGGAGAUCAACGGUAGAAACAACCUCAUCCAGCAGAAGACAGCGGCGGCCAUGUUGGCCCAGCAGAUGCAGUUCAUGCUGCCAGGAGCCCAGUUGCAGCCCAUAACUACAUUUCCCAUGACUCCGAGUAUGUCGUCCCUGGCCACCAGUCCCAGUAUGACGUUCAGCCCGUACCUGAGCCACAUGGGUCCCGGGAUGGGCCUGAUGCCUGAGCUGCUCCCCCAGGCCCCUCUGCUGGUCCCUGGGAGCCCCACCGGCCUCCAGACCCUGGGCAACGGCAGCUCCCAGCAGAAACACAUGCGCACAGACAAGCUGGAGGUAUGCCGGGAGUUCCAGAGGGGAAACUGCACACGGGGUGAGGGCGAGUGCCGCUACGCUCAUCCCAUGGAGGCAGCCAUGGUGGACGGCAGUGAGAACUCGGUCAUCGUCUGCAUGGACUACAUCAAGGGCCGCUGCUCCAGGGACAAGUGCAAAUAUUUCCACCCCCCCGCCCACCUACAGGCCAGGAUCAAGGCCGCCCAGCACCAGGCCAGCCAAAAUGCAGCCGCCAAUGCCAUGGCCCUGCCCCAUGGGGCCAUGCAACCGCUACCAAAGAGGCCCAGCAUAGAGAAGACUAACGGGGGUGGCGCUGUGUUCAACCCCAGCGUGUUCCACUACCAGCAGGCCCUAGCUAACAUGCAGCUGCAGCAGCCAGCCUUCAUCCACUCUGGCUCCGUCCUGUGCAUGGCGCCUUCAGGAGGCAUGGGGCUUAUGAAAGGUCCGGCCCCGCUGGCAGCGGAUGGCCGUUGGGAGAGGCGGGACUGGAGCAGCUGCAGGCACCCCCACAGCCGCCUCCUGUCAGUGCCUGGAUUCACUGUAGACCCUUCAGAUGUUCUGAGUGCCGACCCAGUGGACCUACAGUGCGUUCCCAUGGAAACCCACUUCUGCCCUCUCCCCAAACUGCUAAUGGCUGCUCCAAUGGCACUAAACCCAGUAAGCCUCUCGCGAAACCCAAGUUAAAGCACCCGAUAACGCCUUCAAACCCUUAGUCAUCCCCAACCUUCAAACCUGCCCCGGAAACCCACAGUCCAAUUAUCUAAAUGCAUCAAACAUGUGCCUAACCUACAGUGCACCCAAGUAAUAGGUAGUGUUAUUGCCAUUUAGAGGGUAUUCACAUCAUCAAAAGUUGACGAGGUUUUGUUGACAUUUAACAUAGGCAAUACUAAAGCUUGGACCCCUUACUGUUGAUGUUAAGCCAGCUCAGACAUCCUUUGAUGCACACUGACUUGAAGGAGCUGGCUGAAGGAGAGGUGGUAAAGCUCCCCAGUUCUUACAGCCAUACACACUCACACCUUUAAUACACAUACACAAAGACACAACUUUAACAAACACACACAUACGCACACCAACAACUUUAAAACACGCAAGCACACACAAACACACUAGAAACAGCAAUUCAUCUUGGAGACAAAGCUGAGAAUAAGAGGUGUAAGAUCUGAUGAUCUUGGGACCUGACUGUUCCACAGGUCAGACAACCGUCAAAGAAACUUUAAAAAAAUUCAGACAAGAAGGAAGAAGAGCAAAAGUAAUCUGCAGAGAUUGGAUCACGUACUGGAUUCUCGAAGUCAAUGUUUUUUUUCUUUAUCUUGUCAGUUUUUUUUUACUUUAAAGAUGUAUAUUGUGUCUCAUUUGAUGUUUACAGUAUGUUUCAGGACUGCUGAAGGUUAAAGGCAUUCUAUUAUUAUGUAAAUAAUUCCCUUUGUUCAGCAAGGCUGAGGUCAUAUGUUCCUGUUUUAAAUCUCACCAUCAUGGUCUCAUGCCUGCAUCCUGCAUUUGUCUGUGCCUUUUGAGUUCCCAGCUAUGUAGGAAAUUUGAUGUCUCAUCCCUGACCAACUGAGGUCAAAUGACUAAAACCCAGAAAGCCAAAUAGCCUUGAUGUCAGAAAAAGUAUAGAGAAGUGCACAUUAGGUUUCUAUUGACACAGAGCUAUAUACCAUCCCAACUAUCAACAAGUGUCUAGAGCUGUUCCAGACCAGUGUCUAUGUAGUCAUUGGUAUGGCAGUAAAUAACGGGGGGCCAGUUGAAGAGAGGCCUUGUUAAGAAUGUGGUUCUAGUUUUCUUUAACAAAGGGCGAAAACUGCCUUAUGCAGGCAAGGUUAUCUAUGUAAUGGCCUAUGUCUGUACCAUGGCAGCUUUAGAGGAUCCGUCACAGAGAGCUCACAUUGUGUAUCCAGAGGGGCACUCUUCUCUGUAUCUACAGCUCCCUGUGUGUCUGUUGCUCUAAGACGAAGGGUUGAGAGUCUGUGGACACGGUGACGGUUACUCGAGACAGUGUGUUACCACCAUUCCUGACGCGGUUACGGUUACUCGAGACAGUGUGUUACCACCAUUCCUGACGCGGUUACGGUUACUCGAGACAGUGUGUUACCACCAUUCCUGACGCGGUUACGGUUACUCGAGACAGUGUGUUACCACCAUUCCUGACGCGGUUACGGUUACUCGAGACAGUGUGUUACCACCAUUCCUGACGCGGUUACGGUUACUCGAGACAGUGUGUUACCACCAUUCCUGACGCGGUUACGGUUACUCGAGACAGUGUGUUACCACCAUUCCUGACGCGGUUACGGUUACUCGAGACAGUGUGUUACCACCAUUCCUGACGCGGUUACGGUUACUCGAGACAGUGUGUUACCACCAUUCCUGACGCGGUUACGGUUACUCGAGACAGUGUGUUACCACCAUUCCUGUCCUUUGCCAUUCAGUUUGUCCAGAGGUCUCUGGAGCAGGACUUGGUCCUGUUGCCGAAGAUGUCCUCAUCAGAUUAGAUAUCAGAUUUGUUUCACGAAUAGAGUGCCUUUCAUGAUUUUAUUUUCCAUUUUUCUCUCCCAAUUUCAUAAUGUCCAAUUGCCAAUUAUGGCCUUGCCUGGUCCCACGACUGUACAGCGGCUGUGGGAUGGACACGGAUCAAAACAGGCUUCCUCCAAACAUAUCUUGUACUGCAAAGCAGCAACUUCAGCACCACGCUGGAGCCCCAGUGCCUUUCAAUCUAACCAUCAUAGCUGGUACAUUUUUCCAAUAACUAUCUUUGGAAAUUCCACAACUAGGCAGCAGCACUAUGAACAAUUUAAAUCUAAAUUUUUGGGGGUAGGGGGUCUUCUUAAGAAGACUAAUCAGACCAAAUUCUGUAUAGGUGGUAAGGCUGGGCAAUAUGGAGAAAACGUAUUGAGAUAAAUGUUCCGAUUUGCGUUUAAAACAAAUGCUAUUUAAUUCUCCAAACAAAAUAAGCCAGCUUUGGCUGUCUUUUUUUGGGUUCUCCCUUCAACCUUAAGGUUCUCGUUUUGAUUAGUGAACAAGAUUUUACAAUUACUUGCAAAAAUUAUAUAAUA